AUGAAACACUCGGCUUUCAUCAUUUUCCUAUACAUUGGGUUAUCUUUCGGUGCACAUUUGGAAAAAGAGUUGUUAGAUUAUCUUUUCAAGGGAUACAACUCACAAAUUAAGCCAGUGGAGAAUUACACCGAUGACGUCUUGGUGGGGGUGCAGUUGACCCCUAUUGCUAUACGAGACGUAGAUGAAAAGACACAAACGCUGUCUACUUCUCUGUGGAUUGGAUAUCAUUGGAGAGACGAAAGCCUGAAGUGGAACCCCAAUAAUUACAGUGGAAUAACAGGACUCCGCGUCAAUAUAAAUCAAGUAUGGAUACCAGGAAUAUGUAUCAUCAACGAACUUACCGAUCAAAAAUGUUUGAACUUUGACGAAAAGGGAAUGGCAUUUGUAUGGUAUAAAGGUUAUGUAUUCUACAACAAACCAUUAGAGAGCACUAUACAGUGUAAACUAGAUAUGUCUGCUUAUCCUUUUGACGAACAAAUCUGCACAUACGUUUUUCAUCCCUAUUCAACUACUGCUCACGAUUUUGGAUAUUUGAAGAACGAAACAUAUAUUAUUUUAGCAUACAUGGACACAAAUGAUGAAUGGGAUGUAGUUUCAACAUCUAGCACAUUCAGGGUGGAUGUCAGUAUUCCAAAGUGGCCCUUUAGAACCGCACGUCUCAGUAUUGUUCUAAAACGUCGUCCUAAUUACGUUAUAAUUAACGUAUUUGUUCCGAUUUUCAUUUUGUCCAUCUUAAACCUCAUGACCUUCCUGUUACCAGUAGAAUCAGGAGAAAAGAUGGGAAUGACCUUGGCGAUAUUUCUCACAUUUGCCGUUUUUGUUACCCUCAUCAGUGACUCCAUGCCCAAGUCCUCUGAGAACUUGUCAUUUUUCGGUAACUACGUGGGAGGACAGUUGAUCAUAAGUGGAAUGACAAUCGUUUUGGAGACCAUUGUAAUCAAAGUUUAUCUGAAGGAAAGUGCGCCACCAGUUGAGACCGGAAGCAAAGACUCCCUCAAUAAACAUUCGCCAACACACCAGGAAUGUAAACAACAUGAUCUUGAUCGAUGGAAACGGUUCGCCUUGCAAUUAGAGCGAUAUUUUUGCGUUUUCACUGUUCUUGCUACUCUUUCAACAGUUUUAUAUUUAGUGUUAGGUAUUACCGUGAUGCGCCGAACAAUCGCGCAGUGA